AAUAAGCACGGCAUAAUGCAAAACGAAAUAACGUUCGUCUGCGAACUAAGGCGGUAACGAGUAAUGUAGUCCAUAGGCCUGUGCCGCCGAAUUGUAGAAGCAGAAAACACCGACGUCACGUAAUGUCGUAACGUCGUAACAACCGGUAACCAGCCAUCUACAGGAGCGCGGGAGGGAGUCGACGAUAACGCACACCAGGACUACCACAGACCACUAUGGCUUCCGAUGACAUAGCCCUGCUGGCCGAGGCGUUGUCUAAGACCCAUGUAGGAAAUGGAGAGUUGAGCUACAAGGGCCGAGGACUGAAGCUGGACACCGCGGAGUCUGUGAAGGAGCUGGUUGGUGAGAUAGAGGAGUACCAGGGACUCCGGGCCCUGCGGUUGGAAGGAAAUACACUGGGAGUGGAGGCAGCACGGGCCAUUGCCAAAGCCUUGGAGAGCAAAGACCAGCUUCAGAGUUGCCAUUGGAGUGAUAUGUUCACUGGUCGCUUGCGUUCUGAAAUUCCCAAUGCCCUGAGAUCCUUGGGCAGUGCGUUGAUGACAGCAGGGGCCAGACUGACAGAGCUUGACCUGAGUGACAACGCCUUUGGGCCAGAUGGGGUGAAGAGCAUUGAGACUCUCCUGAAGAGCUCGGCGUGUCACUCUCUACGGGAGCUGAGACUCAACAACUGUGGCUUGGGCAUCGGAGGGGGCAAGAUCCUGGCGAUAGCACUGACUGAGUGUCAUAAACAGUCUGCUGCUCUCGGCGUCCCACUGAAACUCAAAGUAUUCAUCGCCGGCAGGAAUCGCUUGGAGAAUGAAGGAGCCACAGCCCUUGCCAAGGCAUUUCAGCUGAUGGGAAGUCUGGAAGAGGUGCAUAUGCCCCAGAAUGGGAUUAACCAUGCCGGGGUGACAGCUUUGGCCUCCGCCAUGCAGCACAAUCCCCACCUCCGAGUCCUUAACCUGAACGACAACACUUUCACCAAGAGAGGGGCCCUUGCUAUGGCUCAGGCUCUCAGGCACCUGAGGAGUGUACAGGUGAUCAACUUUGGGGACUGCUUGGUGCGCUCUGAAGGGGCCAUCGCUAUCUCAGCUGUGCUCAGAGAAGGACUGCCCAUCCUCAAGGAGCUGAAUCUGUCCUUUGGGGAGAUCACAGAGGCAGCCGCCCUGGUGGUGGCACAGGCUGUGCAGGACAAACCCCAUAUGGAGAAACUGGAUCUGAACGGCAACUGCCUGGGGGAGGAGGGAUGUGAGGCUCUGAAGGAGACCAUGGAGAACAUGGACCUGGCCGACCUGCUGGGGUCUCUGAGUGAUGAUGAAGGGGAGCCUGAUGAAGAUGAUGAGGAGGAGGAGGAGGAGGAAGAAACGGAUGAGGAGGAUGGAGAAGAGAUAAAGGAAAAUGGGGUGACAGAAGGAGUCAGUCCUGUGAAUCACCAGCCAGCCUGUCAUCCAGAGGUUGUCUCUUUUCUUAGCUUCCCCACUGCUGAAGGGCUCCUCCAACUAGGCAAGAACAGGCCUGGGUUCAUCCAGCAACAGGUGGAUGUGUCUAACUCAGAAGUGGCUGCAGAUGCCUUCCUGAAAAUCUCCUCUCUAUACAAUGACGACUCUGAGAUCAACAAGGCUGUGCUGGAGACCGUUGAUGCCCUGUUGAAAAAGGCCUUCUCUGGCUCCUCCCUUCAGACCUACAGCUUCCUAUCCACUCUCCUGGUGAUGCUGGGGCUCCUCAAGGUUGGAACACAAUGGAGAGGGCAAGGUGAAGAAGGUACAGGUCUUACCUGGUCACCUGUUAGUUCUGGAGCACACUGUCCAGCAGGACUACUUCCCUCAGGACCAUGCCUCCCUGCUGGACACUUUUGUUGCCAGGCAUGGUAAAGCCCUGAAGUCCUGCAGCAGUGCCAGAGAUAGUCUCAAGUCCACUCUAGAGAGGAGAAUCUCCCCUGAGUGCUGAGCCCUUCUGCAGUGCAAACCAACCAGUAAACGGCACAUAUCCAAUGCACACUGCCCCUCACCCUCAGGACAGAUACAAACACAUACCACAGAAUUGACCAUUGCACUGAUAACGGGGAAUUCCUUGCAUGAGGACCUUGCGUAGGUACUUUACACUGGACAGAAAAUAGGGACAAAUACCAAUCUACCCUCAGUACAUAACAUUGCGUUUUAGAUGCAUGAAGCUCCCUAAUGAAGACAUUGAAGACGACUACUUAUCUGACAGGAUUUCAUCUUCAUUUUAUUUUUGUACUUGUUCUUGCUAAUGCUAUAAUUUUUUUUUUAUGAAAAAGGGAAAAAGUCUUAAGACACAAAGGGAAAAGUCAUUGGAGAAAAUUGCAGAUGAUUAAAUAGGGAUGGUUGUCCUUAAGAACUUAGAAGUUCCAUGCAUAGCAUAGUAGUUGUAAGAACCCAAUGUGCCACAUCUGUACAGCUGAACCAUAAUAUUAUCGGCCCAUAUUAUUCCCCUGAGUUCAACCAGGUCAGAUCUAUUACUGUGCAUCAGACUGUAAGGAGGAAUGGACUACAGUGUGCAUGUGCAUUGCACCGUGUGGACAUUUAUGUAUGGCCAUUGUUCUUUAUGCUGUUAUAACAGUGUGGUACUCAGGAGACUGACGUGAUGCACGGGAACAUGUGGAACAUGACGGAACGUACAUGUCAUUCUCAUAACCUUUAUGAUUGUUGAGCAAUGAUUAUUGGAAUAAAUGUACAAUAUAGUUUUAGUCAACAGGACUUUAUUGAUGUUUCUCUGACUGUGAUGUGAUAAAAUCUCCAACCUUUCCAGGA